AAAUAGCGCUCAGCCUCCGUUCUUACUGUAAGCGAGCUUGCAUGGAUCCUCUCUCGGAACAAGACCACAUCUAAGCUUUCAAUCUCACCUCGCCCUGCACAACACCAUGCUUCCGCGAUAAUUCAAUGGCCAAGGGCAGAACAACCACCGCCCACAAGGAUGGCGAGCCUCCUGGUCAUCCCGCAAACGAAGAAGACCGCGGUCUCCUCUCUAGAGCUGAUUCCUCCUCAGACGAUGAGGGCGAGGAAGACCUCGUCGUCCACCCCGGUCCAAGCUCUCCUCCCGUCCCCGAACCUCGAACCCCACGAACGCCCAACAGAGUCCGGUUCGACCUCCCGCCAGCCCUCGAAACUGGAGAAGACGACGAUGAUGCUCCUCCGCCCUACGUCGAUUCGCCGCGCUCCGGCCGUCGCGAUCAGAGACCGCAGACUGUGCCCCUCCUGACGGGCAUCGAGGCUCCUUCCGUAACGGUGGCUAAUAGUCCCUGGGGAGACGAAGAUGUGCACGAGUGGGCGGAACGCGAGCGCUCGCGGCCGAAAUCUGGUCUGCGGUCUGCGUUUAUGAAUAUGGCGAACUCGAUCAUCGGGGCGGGCAUUAUUGGACAGCCGUAUGCCUUUAGGCAGGCGGGGUUGCUGACGGGGAUCAUACUGCUGCUCGUCUUGACCGUGACGGUAGACUGGACGAUCCGGCUUAUUGUCGUUAAUAGCAAGUUGAGUGGGCGGGAUAGUUUUCAGGGGACGGUCGAGCAUUGUUUUGGGCGGACGGGGCUGAUUGCUAUUAGUGUUGCGCAGUGGGCGUUUGCGUUUGGGGGGAUGGUGGCUUUUGGGAUUAUUGUGGGGGAUACGAUUCCGCAUGUCAUGUCUGCUAUAUGGCCUGGGCUAGAGGAUAUACCGGUGUUGGGUCUGUUGGCAAAUAGAAAGGCUGUUAUUGUGGUUUUUAUUCUGGGUAUAAGCUAUCCUUUAAGCUUGUACAGAGAUAUUGCAAAGCUGGCUAAAGCAAGUACGCUGGCAUUGAUCAGUAUGAUGAUUAUUCUUUUUACUGUUGUAACGCAAGGGUUCUUCGUGGCCAAGGAGGAUCGAGGCGAUUUCACCACACCUCUGUUGACAAUAAAUAAUGGCGUCUUCCAAGCCAUUGGCGUCAUAUCAUUUGCCUUCGUGUGUCACCAUAAUUCACUCCUCAUCUACGGUUCACUCCAAACUCCCACCAUUGACCGUUUCUCCAGAGUAACCCACUGGAGUACUGGAAUCUCCAUGCUAGCAUGUCUCCUGAUGGCUCUUGCCGGCUUCCUAACCUUCGGCUCCCUUACCCAAGGCAACGUCCUAAACAACUUCCCCACCGACAACACAAUGGUCAACAUCGCCCGUCUCUGUUUCGGCCUCAACAUGCUUACCACCCUGCCCCUCGAAGCCUUCGUCUGUCGCGAAGUAAUGUUCAACUACUGGUUCCCCAACGAACCCUUCAACAUGAAUCUCCAUCUCAUCUUCUCCACCUCCCUAGUCGUCAGUGCGAUGACGCUCAGUCUCGUGACGUGCGAUCUUGGCGCUGUGUUUGAGCUCAUUGGCGCUACCAGUGCUUGUGCUUUGGCUUACAUCUUACCUCCUCUUUGCUAUCUGAAACUUAGUACCAAGAGUUGGAAGACGAUACCAGCCAUCACUUGUGUGGUGUUUGGAGUCCUGGUUAUGGGCAUCAGUUUGGUGCAGGCGGUGGCGAAAAUUAUCAGUAAUGAAGGGACGGUCUCGCAGUGCAGGUAGACGGUAAAAGUCUAGAAAAUUGCAUUUAGAAUGUAGGAUACAAAGGUCAUGAUUCAUUGC